CUCUAUACUUCAUGCAGCCCAUGUGACCACGUCCCACGUGCAAUUCUUGACCAUGUCGGACGAGUCGAGGGCUAUUGUGCAGGCACUUCAAAAAGUCCUUGUACACAGAUCCCAACACCCUUAUCCCCACGUACCGACCCCCGAGAAUUGUAAGAAGCGAGCCAGCGUCGCCGCUGUGAUACGAGUGCGACCUGCCUUCGCGCCCGUCGUCGCCGCCUCGGGGUCAGUCGUUGACGUCGAGAACCCGUCUUCUUCUCCCCCUGCCACACUCGAAGAGUUCUUCUCCCAGGAAUGGGUCCAGCAAGGCGACCCGGAGCUGCUCUUUAUCAAACGCGCCGGUCGUCCUGGUGAUCGAUGGUCAGGUCACACAGCCCUACCAGGUGGGAAAAGGGAUCCAGAAGAUGCAGAUGACCUCGCUGCUGCCAUUCGCGAGACGAGGGAAGAGACUGGCCUAGACUUGGAUACCGCAGGCUGUCUGCACGCAGGAAAUCUCCCUGACCGUCUCGUCUCCACUGCAUGGGGCAAGGAGACUCUCAUGGUGCUCUGCCCAUACAUCUUCGUCCUCACAUCCAAGACGUCGCCAGCUUUACAACCCCAACCUACUGAGGUCGCCGCUCUACACUGGGUCUCGCUACGUGCCCUCCUCUCCCCGACCCUCCGCACGCGAGAGUUCGUCGAUAUAUCCAGUCGCAUGGCGAAACAUGUCGGCCCAGUCAUUCACAAGAUCCUCCGCUUCACAAUGGGCAGAAUGAUGUUCAGCGCUGUACGCCUGGUACCGUCCGAAUCUGUGUAUGCAAGUUCAAUUCCAGGGUUCAUUCCAAGCGAGGGCGGCGAUACGUUUGGCACCGUGUCCGGCUGGGCGCAAGCACCCUACGGUGUCCCCGAGUCGUCAAAGUCAUUGGCUUUCCAGCAGCCCAUUCUUCUGUGGGGUUUGACAUUGGGUGUACUGGCGGAUCUUCUGGACCAAUUACCGCCUUACAAUGCCGUUGCCCUGUGGAAAUAUCCUACCUUCACCGUACCGGAUCUGAGGUUCCUGGUCUACCUCUUCACGCGGAAAAUGAGGAGAGACACAGCGUCUCUUGUGUCCAGUGGGAGUUGGCCAAAUCAGACCGCAGUGGACUCAUCGACGGAGGCAACAGCUACGACGGCGGCGACGGUGACUGAGGCAGAGCCCAUUGCGGCAGUUACGGUUGCUCCUGCACGGAAUACCGACGAAGCCGAUGCGGAUCGACACCGCGUUGGGAUUGGGGGGUUGGGUGUUGGCUCAGAUCCGAAGCACUCUAUGGUUAAGAUCAUGGCAGGGUAUUAUGAUAACAUCAAUGUUGCAAUCGGUGUCUUUUUGGCGUAUCGGGCACUUGCUGCCAUGGGAUUGGGGUUUUAUGCAUACAGAUUUUGGCAGAGAAGAAGGGGUUCUCUCCUAUAGCAACAGGAGGAGUAAUGUGGUGAACUAGAGGUAAAGCAUUGAGGAAGGUUGAGCGAUGGAUUUUUGUGAUACAUGAUAGCAUGAAGGUGCGUCUCUUCGCGUAUUGGGGUAUAGAUUCAUCAUUCAAAUCACCAGUCCAUCAUUCC